AUGAUAUUUGUGUAUACUCUAUAAACUCAGUAUAUUUUAGAAAUCUAUUUGAUAGAGAAUUUAAAAUUUAUUAUAAGAGGUUAUGGAUAUGUAUCCUUAUUUUAAAUCGAUUUAUUGAAUAACUAACUUUAAUGGAUACAGGAUAUAAAUACUUUUGCUAAAAAUAUUGAAAUAAUAAAAUCAUUUUCUUCUUUAUAAGAUGAAAUUAACAAUAAUUUUUAUUUAGAUUAGAUUCUAAUUUUCGAUGAAUCAGGCUAUUUUAGAGUUUAUAGUUCAGAUAUGACAUUGAUUUACUUAAUAAAUUAGCUGCCAAUAUCAAAAGUUAGCUCGUUGGGUCGGGUUAUGUAUGAUGAUUAGAUUUAUGUUUUAUCAGGAUAGGAAGGUAUUGUUUUAAUAGACAUCUCAAGUAAUACCUAAACCUUUAUAAAAUCAACAUUUUAUAUUGGUUAAUUAAUAAAAAAAGUAAAUUUAAAUGGGAAAAAAUAUUAUUCCACCUAUGUUUAUGAUAAAUAAUAAUUUUAUGAAUACUUUAUAGACAUCUAAAGAAAUAUUAUUUAAAUUAGUGGAAUAGAUUAUUUUUAUACAGAUAUCUAUAUUUAGUCUCCUUUUACACCAUUAGAAAAUUAAAAAAACUCUUAGAAUACUUCAAUAUAUUACUUUGAAAGCAGUUCUGGUUUACUGCAUUCAGCCUAAAUUUAAAAUAAUAGAUACUCUAAACUUGAUUUAGGUGAUUAUCAAAUUAAUUAUGCAACUUAUAUGAAAAGAAGCGCUAAAUUUGGAAAAUAUUAUAUUUUUAAUUACCAGUCAGUUUACUCCUUUGAUAUAUUCAAUGAUAGCGUUUUAUAAAUUUUUAUCUAAAACGUUUAGUUAAGACAAAUUGAUUUAUUUGAUGAAAUCUUUUUAAUAUGGAAAUCUGAUAAUACAUUUAUUUUUAUAAAUAUCUAAACAGACCAAUAAUAUUUUUUUCAAGAUUUGAAAGUUGUUAUUGGAUAUGUUUAUGAUUAUUAUGAAAAAAAUCUUUAUAUAUAUGGAAGUAGCAUUUAUGUUAUUAAUGCCUAGCUUACUCCUUAGAAAAUUGUAGACGAAAAUGGUGACUAUAUCCAAAUGAAUUGUAAAAGCUUACAAAAAAAAAUAAUAUGUUUAUAUUCCAUACUUUAUAACUAUUAUAUUUUUUUAUAUGAUAAGAUAGAAAAAACUUCUCAAAAAUUUUUAAUUUUAUAUGAUGACUUAUAAUUUAUUACUGAUGAAACAAACCAAAACAUCUUUAUUUACAGUAGGUAUAAUAAAAGCAAAAUCUAUAACUUUGAUGGAAUUUUAAAACAAACAAUUGAAGGAAAUUAAGAAAGAUGCUAUCUUUACUCUAAAAAGUAUUUCUGCUCAUUUUCUUAAUGUAAAAAAAUAAAUUUUAAAAUCAUUUUUAUUAAUUUCUAAAAACAUCAAUUAUGUUAUUAUAUUAAAAUAGCAAUAAGAUAUUUAACUUUUAAAUGUAUUAAAUUAAAUUAAUUUUAAUUUUAUUUUAAAAAUUAGAUAUGA